UUGACGCUUGUUGCCAUAGUAGCGCGACAACACCGAAGCGACAGACAGGACUGAAGGGAGACACAUUUAAUCAGUCUGCUUUAAAUACCGGAAUAAAGCCGCGUAUUAGCUGGGUGUGUGAACAUGACUCAGUGAGUGAUGAAGAGACAGAAGUACUUCACCCCCGCUGAGGUGGCUGCUCACAACACCGCCGCCGACCUGUGGGUGUCAUUUCUGGGCAAAGUGUGUGACCUGACCCCGCUGAUGGAGCAACACAAAGGCGACGCUCUGCUGUUACCCAUCAUGGAGUGUGCAGGAAAGGACAUCAGCUGCUGGUUCGACCCUGAAACCAAAGACGUAUUGAAAUAUGUAGACCCAGUGACUAACUGUGUGAGGUACUACACCCCCAGGGGCCGCUUUGUGCACGUUCCCCCCGCCGGCCCUCGCACCGACUGGGCCAGUGAUAUCGGCCAGCCCUGGUGGAGGGAUGAACGCUACGAGGUGGGACUGCUGUCUGCUAAAACCAGGUGGAUACGAGUCGUCAACACGCUGACAUCACAGGAGCAGCGCCUGCAGGUGUGCUCAGAGGAGACUCUGGCUGAGAUCCUUCAGCGUUACCUGCGCUACAACUCCCAUGCCUGCAGCUACACCUGGAAACAUGCCGGAGCCAGCCUGGACAUGAGCCGGACGCUCAGCGAGAACAACAUCCCCGACGACGACCUCGAGCUCCAACAGCUGCGAAUGGACCGAGACCUCUUCACCCCCGCCAUCCUCCUCCACUUUAACGAUGACCUCACUGAGGGCUGACCUCUGACCUCAUCAAGGAGGACAGCUGGGAGGUGACAACAGAUCAGUGUAGAGAAGAGUCACCAUGAGAGCAUUAUGACCAGGACAUUAAAUGUUCAUGAGAAACAUGUGGCUGAUUUGUUCUGUUGACUCAAAGAUCUAGAUGGGACUUUAAUCUGAGACUUUUUUUAUUGGAUGGAUUGUGAUGAGGUGGUUUAUCAUUCAUGUUCGCCCCAGGAUGAAUUCUAAUAACUUUUGUGAGCCUGACUUUUUACCUAUUGCCAUCAUCAGGUCAGUUUAGUGUGUCCAGGUGUAGAUUAAUCUCAAGAUAAUCCCACUUUAUGAUUUUUGAAGCCUAACAAAAGUAAAAAAGCUAACAUUAGGCUAUAAACAAACUACACCAUGGUCGGAUAUUUUAACGUCACCACCACAAUGAGGCUGUAAAGUUGUGAUCAGCGUGAUGACGUUCUGUAGCCACCGUCUUUUUCACAGUGGGUUAUUUAGUGAUGUAUUUUAUGUCAUACAGAAUGUGAAAGUCUCCUCAGCUUGUGUUAACCACAGACCUUCAAAAGAACACAUUGACUUUAAGAUGAGGGAACAGGAAGUUAUAACUUGAUAACUCAUUUCUGGGUUUAAGUGGCUGUCACAUGCAGCAUUUUUUGCACCCUCAAAUUUAUUGUUUUCAAUAUAGAUGCCGCAAAAGAUGCGCUCAAACGCCUGAGCAACGCCAGAGCAGCGCGCACACUUUCCUGAGUGCCUAUUUUUAAGGGGUUGUGCCCUGAGAUAAACAGAGUUCAACUUUUGGAAUACAGCAGUGCACACAGCAUGUCAUGUGAUGAGGACCAACCAAUCACAGCUGACAGAUCCCUUUCCUUCUUCAGUAAAUAUCAGUGUGUGAUAAAUAUGGAGGAGAGGUUGAUCAUGUUAAUGCAGAGCUGUCAGAGCGUCUCAUCUGUCAACUACCUCCAGAAAGCAUAGUAGCAUCCAGUGCCCAACUUUGUGUUUUCCAGGCGGUUAAAGAUAUGGCAUGUGUACGGUCCCUUGGGACUCAUUCCUGCAGCACUCUGUUAACUGAUGCUAGCAGCCUAACAUGCUAAGCUAACAUUUUACCUGUUUAAUAUUAAAGGGAGCACAAACACCAGUCUCCUGGGGACUUUGAUCUUUAUACAACAUUACACAAACUUUGACGCUUUUUACGUCACAUCCUCCUCUGCUCCUGUCAUUAUCACUUUGGCCAGUAGAGGGUGUAAGUGGUCGUAAUCAGCUUCUUGCACAGUCGAGCAUGUGCUCAUUUUUAUUCUGUCCCUCGUGAGACUACGUAAUUGAAGUACAAUCCUCUUUUAACAUGUUAGCAUUGUCAUUGUGAGCAUGUUAGCGUGCUGAUGUUAGCGUUAAGCUAAAUACAGCAUCUCGGUCUGAAAAGUAAAGCACAAACUUAGAAAACAAAUAAUUAAAUAUUUCACUGACAGAUACAUGUAAGUUGUAUAAGCAACUUUGUUCAUGAGGAUUGUUUCUCAGCGCCGACGUCUUUUUCCAGUUGUUUCUAAUGAGGAGAGAGCGUCUGUGGCCGCCUAGACAAAAAGCGCUGCACCCAGCUUCUUUUUUCAGUGCUUAGAAUUUUUUUCUGCAGCCACUAUGAAUCAGCUUCUGUCUAUCUAUGUCAGUCAGAAACUAUGACAACAAAGACAGAGAAGCCCCGGACCAUAGAAGAAGAAUAAGUCAGACACUGAAUGUUGCUGGUUAGUGUUGUAUUUUUCUCACCGUACGUAUUGUGAGCUCUGAGAAAAGCACUGACAGGAUGAGAUGAAGUGCUCCCCAGCGCCCUGCUAAUGUUUUUCUGCCAGAGAAAAACACUACGCUGACACACAGCCUAACAGAUAGGGUGGUUGCUUGGUGUCAAAGGUUAAAGGAGUGUAUUCCUACAGUUUGAUUUGAACCUUCGUGUAAACAUUAUUUUGAGGAAGUGUCGACUGGUGAUCAGUUUUCCUGCCGGAACAAUCUGUAACAAUAAAAAGGGAAGUUCUGACUUAUGUUGAAUCUUGGGAGGAUUCAUUGGAAACGGAAAAAAAAGUAAAAAGUUAGAACAUCGGAGAAAUGUUAUGAAAUGUUGGACUGGAUCCAGAUUUGUUUUAAAAGUGAUGACUGAGCAGUUUAAUACAGUUUGUUGAUCGAUGGGAGGAGGAGCGUUU